AUGCUUGCUCGGAAUGAGCUGUCCUAUAUAGCCACCUACAACGUCCUGUUAUCAUCAGAAACUUCUUCGAAAACCUUCCAGGGGGAGGCAGAGAAGGACAUCGAGCCUGGGAUGGCGGGAAUUCGGGUAAACGCGCCAGAAGACGCGCAAAUGAACCCAGAGAUGGAUAAAAAGACAACUGCAACGAAUACUCAACCGCGAACAAAAGAAGCUUCUCGUAGAGCUGGAGGACAAAUGACACUCCUCAUUGGACCAAGCAGGGCUCCCAGACCAUAUUCUUCGGAGAUUGUGAGUCCUGAGUUGCAUUUUCUCAUCUUGUUUUUAACAUUCUGCAAACCGCUGCUCAGCGACGUUGCUCUCGCCGUCCGCGAAGCUCAUAGUGCCCAUAUUGGACAUCUCAUCACUGUUCGUGGGAUUAUGACCAAAGUAUCAGAGGUCAAACCACUACUACAAGUCAACGCCCACACCUGCGACGUUUGUGGAUCGGAAACAUUCCAAGAGGUCACGAACAAGACUUUCGCGCCACUCUACGACCGUGGCAACACUGAAGAGUGCGAGAAGAAUGACGUGAAGGGUGGUUUGCAUAUGCAAACACGGGAUUGUCGUUUCAGUCCGUUCCAAGAGAUGGCUGACCAAGUUCCUGUUGGCCACAUCCCCCGUUCCAUGGCAAUCCACGUUUGCGGGAACUUUACACGCCUUAUGAACCCUGGCGAUAGGUUCAUCUUGGUGGCAUUUCCCCCGCCCCCCGUUCCCUCCACCGGUUUCCAAGCCACUCGUGCUGAGCUUCUCACGGACGCGUGCCUGGGCGUACAUGACGUUCACCAACAAAAUCAACGAUAUCGCGACAUGGAGACAACACCAGAGCUCGAAGCGAAGAUGCAGCAGGUCCACGGGCAGGACGGCUUAUUCAACAAGCUGGCCGGAAGCAUCGCUCCCGAAAUCUAUGGUUACUCAGACGUCAAGAAGGCGCUUCUGCUUUUACUUGUUGUAGGGGUUCCGAAAGUUAUCGGGGAUGGAAUGAAGAUUCGUGGGGCGAUCUUGGUGUUGCGAAGUCCCAACUUCUGA